CCAUUGCCAACAAGGAGAAGCGUUUGUGCCGGCAUGUUUAUUUACAAGAUAAGUUUGCUUUAAUUUGCACCACGACCAUUUGCAUUCAGUAAGAGCAGCCAGAGCACCUGCGAACACACGCCGACACGCUACUAAUCUAGCGUCAUCGGCGUGGUCCGCAAAGCUUAAAGCUUAUGAUGGCUACUCAAAAGACACCGUCGUACGUUGGCUCUGUGAGACUAAUAUUUGAAGCAGGUACCAAGUUGGAAGCUAAGCCGCAGACUGUUGCCACAGCAGCCACGUACUUUCACCGGUUCUUCCAGGAGUGUUCGCAAGAUGAUUAUGAUUUCUAUCUAGUGGCCGCGACAGCGAUGUAUUUGGCCGGCAAAGUCGAAGAGGACUACCUCAAAAUACGAGAUGUGGUGAACGUCUUCCACAAGAGCGCCUAUCCAAAGUCUGAGCCUCUGCCGCUGGCAGAAGAGUACUGGUGCCUACGUGAUGCCAUUGUCCAGUGUGAGCUCCUUAUGCUGCGGGUCUUGCAGUUUCAAGUAUCCGUCGACCAUCCGCACCGGUACCUGCUUCACUACCUUCGGUCAUUGGGUGACUGGCUCGGUCCACUGACCUGUGGUGGAGGUGGAGGAGCCCGCAGCGGUGCACUCUGCCAGAUCCCACUAGCACAAGUGGCAUGGUCACUGCUGUGCGACAUGUACAUGCAGCCAACCUGCCUACGGCAUCCUCCACAAGAGCUGGCAGUGGCUGUCCUCCAGGUGGCGCUGCUCGCCUAUGACGUGCGAGUGCCACAUGGGGAGGACAGUGUCCUUAGCUGGUACGAAACACUCUGCGAAAACUUGUCUCGAGAGAAGCUUGCCGACCUCAUCAUGGACGUCAUUCAGGUUUAUGAGGCUGAAGGACAGUAAUAAACAUCACCAUUGUCAUCUA